AUGUCGAGUGUGAGUGUUGGCGAAGGGACGGUGGAUAAGAUUGAGAUUAUGAGUGAUGUUGCGGAAGUGUUCGUGGAUAAUACUGCUGAGGUGGCUGCACAGGCGGGGCCAAUGGUGAAUAAGGUGGCAACUGCAGCUGCAGACUCGUACUUCCCAGUGGCGGCGCUCGAGUACUUGACUGAUUAUAUUCAUAUUAUUAGAAUACCCGAGGUGAAGAAGUUCUUGGGUAUACCUAUAAUACCUGUGACACCACCUUCUUCAACGGAUCAAAAACCUGCCUUCUCAUUUUUCGAAGCACUCAAAAAAUAUGCAGCAGCCUAA